CUUGAAGAAAUGGCAUCCGCAUUAGAGCAGCAGUGAUCUGGACCAGAGCCGCAGCAGGGAUGAAUGCAUCAGAUCAGUCCUCCUACCAAGAGGAGGUGAUGCUGGGUAACUCCACCUGGGCUUAUUACUACUAUCACCAAAACUACACCCUGUCCCCUCCACUGCUACCAGACAAGACCAGCACUUCCAAACCUGCAGCAUGUGAGCAGGUUCACAUCGCUAUAGAGUCUGGCAGUAGCCGACAUGCUGGUGAGCGUGUCCAACGCCUGGGAGACCAUCGUCAUUUACCUCCUCAACAACAGGCAGCUGGUGGUGGAGGACCACUUCAUCAGGCAAAUGGACAACGUGUUUGACUCCAUGAUCUGCAUCUCUGUGGUUGCGUCUAUGUGUAGCCUGCUGGCCAUUGCUGUGGACAGGUACGUCACUAUCUUCUAUGCGCUGAGGUAUCACAACAUCAUGACAGUGAAGAGAGCCGGCUGCAUCAUCGCGGGAAUCUGGACCUUCUGCACGGGCUGCGGGAUCGUCUUCAUCAUCUACUCAGAUACCACCCCCGUCAUCAUCUGCCUGGUCUCAAUGUUCUUCGCUAUGCUGCUCAUCAUGGCCUCCCUCUACAGCCACAUGUUCAUGCUGGCGCGCUCGCACGUCAAGCGCAUCGCCGCCCUGCCCGGCUACAACUCCAUCCACCAGCGGGCCAGCAUGAAGGGGGCCAUCACGCUGACCAUCCUGCUGGGGAUCUUCAUCGUCUGCUGGGCGCCCUUCUUCCUCCACCUGAUCCUGAUGAUCUCCUGUCCGCGGAACCUCUACUGCGUGUGCUUCAUGUCCCACUUCAACAUGUACCUUAUCCUCAUCAUGUGCAACUCUGUGAUUGACCCGCUCAUCUAUGCCUUCAGGAGUCAGGAGAUGAGGAAGACUUUUAAGGAGAUCAUCUGCUGUUACAGCCUGAGAAACGCCUGUACCAACAUCUGCGCUCUGACAGGCAAGUACUGAGAGAUGUGGACCGGUGACAGGAUGGAUGGGAUGGACUGAAUGGAUCUGACACUGGAGCAUAACCCUGAGAGAUUCUAUCAAAAUACACUGUUUAAGGACUGGUUCGUUGUCACUGCUCAGUCAGUACAGUGGACAGUCGAGCACAUAUUUGUCUUUUUAAAAGGAGACACGCAGAAUAUGCAGAAAGGUUAAACUAACUGUCUUCUAAUGUGUCUGCCAUGGAAACAAAGUGGCUAGUUUAUUAGGUACACUAUCUGAACUCACAGCAAGUACCAUUUAAAAUUCCUUUGAAAGUGUGUCACAGAAUACUGUUUGUGGCCUCCUUUUCAUUCUAGCUGAUAUUUCUUUUAUCCUCCUGCUGUGACCUUCUUUUUUAAAUCAGUGAGCUGUUACUACUCUGUGCUGACAGAAUAUUUUCCAUCAUUAGUAAACCUUAAAUGCAGUUGUGUAAGAGCGCUUAUAUACUUGCUUUUAGGUACCGUUCGUGUUGGCGUGCUCACCAUGGCUACCCCGCAUACCUAGCGUUGCAGUUACCUGUGUUUAUAUGAAGUCUGUCUCUGCUGCUGCUUUUUGUGCCGUAAUCUCAACAUUGAAGGUGAAUGCCACAGAUUUUGCAAGUUAAAGUCUCUUCACAGGUGUUGGAGAGUACUACUCCAUAAGUGAUAAAAGUUGCAUAAAGCCUUUUGUGACUCCACAGGUCUGAUAAAUGCCUUCAAGCAAUGUCACUUGAGUCAUGUCGGUUGGGGCUGAAGACUACAAGAUUAAAAUAAAAAAAUAAAAAAUCUGGAGGUGUUGAGUUGAAAAGAAGUGAUGUUAGCAGACGUCUGUAGCCGCUCCUCAUCUCUGCUUGAGGUUAGUGGCUCCAGAGUAGAUUAGCCACUAGCAGCAUAACACACCUAAAUCUCUACCUGAACUGUCAGCAGUCAAGUUGCGCUGUGGGUAAAAUAGGUGCAAGUUUUGAGAGAUAGAAGAAUUAAUGGAAUAAAAGAGAGGAUGUUUCUGGUUCUGCUGCAGUGAUUUUAAUAAUUUUUUUCAAAAUAAUUAAAAAUUUGCUUAAAGUUACGGUGGUUAGACAAAAUUACAAGGUCGGGCAGAGUUCACACCGGAAGGACUGAGGCAGGUCAGAAAACUGUCAAAGUACUUUUGUAACAGUUUAGAAGUCACUGACAAAUAUUCUGUCCUGCUAAUAGGAGCAUCAGAUUGUAGUUGCAUCAUGAGUGGCAAAUCAUGCUUACACCACAUGAUGUAACUCACGUAAAUUGGUUGAUGACUCUCAUACAGGACUUACUUCCUGUUUCCAGUAGGUGACACUGUGAAUAUAAGUGAAUAUUGGCAUUUAGAUGUGUUCAGAAAUGUGAAAUUUUUAAGUCAGUUAGAACAACUUGCUGUUUCUUGGCAAAGAGGGGGGCGUUUUUGAGCCAUUUUGCCACGCCUAUGUGCGCUCACUGCUCGGGCCCUAAAAAUGCUCUUACAUGUCAUUUUGGAAGACAAACUUCUUUGUUAUUUAGUACAGAGGACAUAGCAGCCACUACAUGAACACACUGUGAAAAAGCAAGUAUAUAAGCACUCUAAACAAACAAGUACUACAAAGGCAAUCUUAUGUUAAAUGAAAAAGAAGAAAGGGAGCACUAAGCUCCCAGUCUGUCAGAGGUUUGUACCUAACAGAUGAACUGCUCAUUUGGUGGAUUAUGUGUUCACACCUCUACAAACCUGAGAAACCACAAGGUAACACAUGUUACAGGCUCCUCAGACAUGUGUUACCUUGUUCCAGCCAACGUUCCCUCGGCUGCUGCAUUAGUUCCACAGUUAACCAGCAGCUUCCUCAAACCUGCCAGCAUUCAGCAGCCACCUCAGCUCCGAUUUGAAUGCGGAGUCACUCAUCUGCCUGUAUCUUUGUGUUAUUGACAGCUGCUCUAUUCUGUCAGAGUGCCCCCUGAUGAGCUCCUCAUAUCGCCUUCCCUGCCCCACGCUCUGCAUUACACUAUGUAAAGAUCCCAUGAGGUUACACUUGAAAUGUAAAAAAUUAAUGUACAAAUAGCUUCACAGUGCUCUCUAUAAGAUUGUGUUAGUGGCGCCUACCUCCCAACUGAGAAGCUUGACAGAACUUUAUCAAAAAAUGCAACCACUUGCUGAAACUGCUCUUCAUAUGAAAUUCUUCAUUAUGCAUCAUUUGUUAGUAAUAGAUGGUAAACAUUUGUUUCUCCAGUGUUACAU